CGUGAGAAAAAUGGGGUUGAACCGGGAUAUAAAUGAUGCGCACCUUUUUCCAUGGGGCGCUGAGCGGCAAACAUAGGAUUGCUUCUCCUUCAAUAGUAGACGAGCGAAAGAUAAAUGUACGUGCUCCGUACACUCAUGAGGCUUUGGAAUUAAACCGAAGUUACUAGCUCGCCAGCUGGGUAGAAAGACUAGUGUUCAAUGAAGAUGGUGUCAAAACCAACCUCCGCCACCGUGCGGGAUAAGGACGUUACAGCGCCCUCUGGUGGGUUCAUGAUGUCCGACAGCCUGUCUCUUUCAUCCUACAAGGACUAUCCUGUAAUCCAUCCUUUUAUCAACACACACACACCUCGACACACAUUACCGAGCAAGGCUUUUCCAGAGAGCAGCAGCACAGCUAUCUUGUCUGCCUUGAGGAACCUUCAGGAGAAGAUCAGGACCCUGGAGAAGGAGAGAGGCCGGGCAGUACAGAGCAUAUACACACCGGACAGGACUGCAACACACAAAGUCACACAGCCCCAGAGGCACAAGGACACACACUCUCAUAGAGAAACCAGUGACAAGUCAGCAUGUAACCAAGCCCUGCUGACCCAGCUAGCUGCAGCAGAGGCUCGCUGUAGCCAGCUUGAGAAGCAGCUGGAGCACAUGAGGAGGAUGGUCCGCAGUGCCAAGUCAGACAGGACCACCCUGCUCAAACAACAGGUUUCCAUGGAGACAUCCAGGUCAGCUUAUCAGUCACAUGACUCUUGUUCUGGGCAUGCCCAGUUGGAGAAACUAGAGCGUCUGGAGCAGGAGUAUCUGCGACUUACUGGCACGCAGGAGCAUGCUGAGAGGAAGAUCCAGGAGUUGGAGAUGAAGCUGCAGGAGGAGCAGCACCAGAUCAAGCUGGUCCAGGACAAAGCUAACCAGAUACAGACAGGUUUGGAAGCCAAUAGGAUCCUGCUCCAGUCUGUGUCGCCCCGCCCCCCCAGAAGCAGAACCAAAGAGAAGAGACCUGUUUCUAAAACGCCUGUGGAGUCGCCCUCACAUGCACAGCCUCACUACAGACUUAGUCUGGGGGACGUGCCAUUUGUGACUGGAACGUCGCCAGGUUGCAGUCACUCGGUACGGGCCAACGUCCAGUCUGUCCUCUCUCUGCUGAAGCAACACCAGCCCCAGCUCUGCAACGCACGCGUCCUCUCUCACACCCCAUUGGACCACAGUUCCGCCCUGGCAGCCAAUCACAGGCGCCCAGACAGUGGCUCCUCCUCUUCUUCUUCUGGAGGGGAGGAGCUAGCAGACCUGCUGGUGGCAUUACAGGAAGAGCUGCGACACAUGAGCCUGGAGCAGCAGGACCUGAUGCGGCAGGCUGAAGAGUGUGUGUCGGAGCGUGAGAGGAGAGAGCUGCACAGAGAUCAGGAGGACCUACUGAAGAAGAUGGAGAGGAAGGGAGAGCAGAUCAGCAAGCUACACAAACACCAAACACAGGUGAAGAGGUUGCGUAGGGAGGUGCGGGGUCAGAAGCGAGGGGGCAGAGGUGAGGUCAGGGUUACUACCACAGUGACUACUCGCGGUCGCUCAGCCGGAGUGGUCAAAGUUGGUCCGGGCAACCGCAGUAAGAACAAUCUGAAACUGCUCCGUGAUAUGAAAGCCCUCCAGAGCUCCCUACGAACAUGACCUCAACACAACCAUCCUCCUUACAAACCUGACCGCAAGGCAACCGUCCUUACUACAAACUGGACCGCAAGACAACCGUCAUCCUCAGCAUGAACCUGACCACAACAUAACCAUCCUUGUUAUAAACUUGACCCCAGGUCAACCGUCCUCACUAUGAACCUGAAUGCAACACAACUGUUGUCACUAUGCACCUGACAACAGUGUGAAACAACAUUUUACUGUGUCUACUCAUAUGGAGUCUGUCUGGAGGUGCAGAUAGUUAUGUACGGAGGUUUUCUUGGGUCAACCCGACUGUCAUCCUAGCCUUAUUAUGCGUAUAUCAGGGACAGAAUGUGUGUUUCUUUGGUGUGUGUGGGUGUGUUAAGAAGCAUCUCAAAUGAUCUAUUAGCAAUGGUGCGCUGCAUUUAGAAAUAAACAUAUAUUUUGUAUUCUUA